CCAUGGUGUUGAUGGCUGUCAUGUGGCUGGUGGCGCUGGCACUGACAGCACCCUUCCUGGCCAUCGCCUACACCCGCCGCGAGUACCACUACGUGGAGAAGGCGGAGGUGGACGUGUGCACGAGCCGCCUGGAGCACGUCUGGCAGUACGGCUACAUCAUCGCUCGCUUCAUCGUCGUCUUCGUCAUUCCCAUGUGCCUGCUGGUCUUCCUGUACUCGCGCAUCAUCGUGAAGGUGGCGGUGGACACCAUGGAUUGCCGCCAGAUGACGGACCGCGCACGUCUCAGGGCCAGCGCUCGCGCCAGCAGCUCGUCAUCAUGCUCAUCGGCAUCAUCGUCCUCUUCUUCGCCUGCUUGCUCCCCUUCCGCAUCAUGGCGCUGUACAGCGUGCACCAGCCGCCGGACCUCAGCCCCGAGACGCACCUCAACAUCAUGCACUUCUGUCGCCUCCUGCUGUAUGUCAACAGCGCCGGCAACCCCAUCAUCUACAACCUGGCCUCCACUAAAUUCCGCCGCGCCUUUGCGCGCGUGCUGUACCGCCUGGGCUGUCGUCUGCGCGUCCUCACGCGCGGAAUCACGUCGGAGGAGAACGGCACACUACGCCGGACUACGGUCACGCACUACACCUCCGUCAACAGGGACGAGGGCCCACGGACACCGUCUGACUAGAGGACUUGAGGACUCAGCACAC